AUGUCUGAAAAAUAUGGAAGGCCUGCCCAGCCUCCUCCUUCGUACGGUCCUGAUAAUGGACACCAACAGGCUCCGGAACAACAGGGCCAAGACCACGCGGGACAGCAACAGCAGGACUACCAGUUCAGACAGGACCAGUACUAUAAUCUGAACUCCAAAUCCGAUGGCGCACCCAUCGGAUCCUUCGAGGAAAGUUUCCCCACGGAAAAUGACAACAAGUUCAGAUUGAAUGACUGGCCUUUCACAAUUUUCUUCCUGGCAACGGUUUGUGGGUUUAUUGCCAUUGCAAGCAUCACGUUGAGAUCGUGGGCGCAAACUUAUUCCGCCAAUGGGUCAGGGAUCUAUAAUGCGGCAGAAACCGGGACAUUGGACACAAAUUCGGCGAUUUUGCUGGUUUUUGCAUGCAUCAUCGCACUCGUAUUUUCAAUGUUGGGUCUCAUAUUGAUGCGUGCAUCUCCCAAGUGGUUUAUUUACUGCGGCAUGGUGGUAAAUAUCAUUUCUGGACUGGGUACAGCCAUUGCUUAUUUGGCAAUGAGGUACUGGUCUGCAGGUAUUGUGUUUCUGGUUUUCACACUCAUCACCGCAUGGUGCUACUGGGGAAUGCGUUCGAGAAUCCCACUCAGCGUUGCAAUUCUAAAAACAGUGGUAGAUGUUAUGAAGAAGCAUCCACAAACUUACCUAAUCUCGUUCUUCGGAGCCAUCGUGGCCAGCGCAUUCGGAUUUUUAUUCUCCGCCGUCAUCGUGGCCACAUACAUCAAAUUCGACCCAAAGAGCAACAAUCCUGGUUGUUCCACAAGCGGUGGCUCGUGCAGUAACUCCAAACUCAUUGGAAUUCUGGUGUUGGUAUUUUUCUGCGGCUAUUACAUUUCCGAGGUUAUCAGAAAUGUUAUUCAUUGCACCGUUUCCGGUAUCUACGGCAGCUGGUACUAUUUGUCGAAAUCAGACCAGGGUAUGCCUCGUUGGCCAGCCUUCGGUUCUUUGAAAAGAACACUGACCAUAUCAUUUGGUUCUAUAUGUUUUGGAUCUCUGAUCGUGGCAUUAAUUGAAACUCUAAGGCAAGUGUUCCAGCUUUUGAGAAACGGUCAAAUUACCGAUAUUGGGGGCUCGCAAUGGGCGCAGAUCAUCUUUUUGGUGAUCGAUUGGAUCAUUGGGUUUUUGCAGUGGUUAGCACAAUAUUUCAACCAUUACGCAUACUGCUUCAUCGCACUGUAUGGGAAACCUUACCUCAAAGCUGCCAAAGAAACUUGGCACAUGUUGAGAGAAAAGGGUAUGGAUGCUUUGAUUAAUGACAACUUAAUUGGAAUAGCAUUGGGAUUCUUUUCUUUGUUCGCAAGCUACAUGGCCACUUUGUUCGCCUUCUUAUACUUGAGAUUUACCCAGCCAAGCUACAACUCCUCCCAUGGAUACAACGUUCCACUCAUGGCGUUCUCAUUUGUCAUUGCUUUGCAAAUCUGCAGCAUCGCGUGCGAAACCAUACGUUCUGGAACAGCUACGUUCUUCGUGGCUUUGGGCAAUGACCCUGAAGUUUUCCGCGUGUCAUACCCAGACAGAUUUGAUGAAAUUUUCAGGGCGUACCCUGAUGUUUUGAAGAAACUCAGCCAUCAAAACGUUUGA